GGACAGGUACAAGUAUGCUAUCCUUUCAAAUGCUGGCUUAGGAAAAUGUCCAUUCAUACAUACAUGUAAUUAGUCUGCAGCUUUAGGAUGGUGACAUGUUACAGGUUAUCAAAUGUAUUUUUCCUUUUCUUAUUGUACUUACUAUUCUUGCAGCUAAAACUGUGCAAGAUCUGCUUGACCCAGCGGAAGCUUCAUCAUCCUUAGCCCACCACAUUACAUUCCUCUGCCGACGACUGGAUGCUAAGAUACGGGUGGCUUUGAUAGAAAACGAUUCUGACAUUCCACUGCAUGACUCGACUGAUUCUUAUAACCCAUUACUGAGCCUCAUCUGCAAUGUACUAAAUACUGCCAUAAGCGAAGGCCAGCAUGAUGUAACAAUAGCCAUGCUAGUUGCACUGCAAACUCUUAUGAGGCAAGCAAGUGCUGGCUGGGCCAAACUAGAUGACAGUGCUGUUAAGGACACAAGGCUACUUCUGUGGAAACUGAUAAACACAGCAAUUGGUACUGUUGGAGCUGAAGUGCAGCUGGAGGUCUGCAACGUGUUAAAAGCUGGCCUGGAAGUGUUUUAUCCCAAUGCAGUGGAAAGGAGUACUCUACUGAUGCUUCUACUGUCUGAAGGGGAAUCCACAUCCAACAUGGGACCAUUGCUGGAUUUGUUACUCACUAAUUUAGCUGAGGACAUAUUGAGUGUCGAUCCUGGAGUGACUGUAAAAGAAAGGCUAGCUGUAGAUGUGGUGUUUGCAGCCCUCAAAGUGUGUGUCAAAGAGUCCAGUAACAUGAUACUCCAAUGUGGCAGUAUGGAUGAUGAGGCAUUUCAAUCACUUGUGGCCAAGCAUCCAGACCUUUCUCCAGUCCUACAAUAUCUUACAGCUGUCUUUAUCACAAGCUGGAGGGAUGUCGUACUCUCUGAUGAACAGGGGUCAGCUGUUAGAGUAGAUGAGGUUGGUUCCGUUUUAUAUUUCCGCCAAGUUGUACGUAUAUCAAAAAAUAGUAUGAAGAGACGGCAGCAUUUGACGGGUCGUUUUGUUGCUACAGUGGAAUGUCAAUUUAACGAACCUUUAUAUAACGAAGCGGCCAAAGUUACAGGUAAACGCAUGUGGCAGAACCUCAAUUUAACGAACCUCGAUAUAACAUAGAGGGUCCAACAUACGUUUGGCGGGAUGCGGAAAGAGAGAAAAAAUGGAGGCGUGAUGCGAAACGACAGAAAUUUUAAUAGCGGGAUGCGGGAUAAAAAUACUACUACGGGAGCAGAAUUUGCCCUGUUUGACAGGGAGGAUGCGGGUUUUCAAAUUGACGGCGGGAUACGGGAUGAAAAAACGAAAAUCACACGUCACGGACAUUACGCGGAGAACUGCAACUCUAACCAGGCGGGAUCGGGAUAAACAUUCCAAAUUGUGCUAGAUUGCGGGAUUGCACCGAAAAUUGUGGCGGGUCGCGGAACUGAAGUAGCUUACAAUGCAACCUCAAUAUUUAGCUUCUUGAUAAAAACGUCAAUUUCCAAAGGCCCAGACGAGGGUCAGACAAGAGCCAUUUUCAACUCGCUGGUGGGAGGAUUAAA